AGUUCCACAUUUGGGGGUUGGCAGUACAGGAGGCAGAAGGCAGGAGAGGGUCAGAAACAGGGCCCAGGGUGCCAAACCAGGGGACCUGAUUGCCAGCGGGGGCCUGCCUACCAGGCCUCCUGGAGGAGCCUGUGCCCUCAGACCCGUAAGACCACCUACAGAGGGCUUAAGAGUCCAGACAGGUCAUUACACCCAUUUUAGAGGCGGAGAAACUGAGGCUCAGGAAAGUGGAGUGACUGCCUAGGGUCACGUGAUUAGUGAAUGGCCUUGGAAUCCAGAUCCACCUGACUCUUAAGACCCUGGGAGAUCCCAGGCCAAACUAGUGGAGCCACCAAACCAGCGGAGCUGGCCUGAACCCCAGGGGCUUGGGCUGUCCUAGGAAAAUCCGGAUCCCAGCCCCACCAGGAGCCAAGGCAAUGGCCUCAAAGCCUGAGAAGAGGGUCGCCUCUUCUGUCUUUAUCACCCUGGCACCCCCACGUCGAGAUGAGGCUGUGGUUGAGGAGGUGAAGCGGGCAGCUUGUGAAGCCCGGCCCGGCUGUCCCCGGGAAUCUCCUGUCCCCGUGAAAGCACCUGGGGCUGGCUCGGCAGGAAGGCUCCGUUCCUGGGCACCCCCUGGCAGAGCUUCAGCCCCCGUGCCCGCCGUUCCACCUCAGCUCUCCAAUGGAGGAUGUUCGCUUCCUCCUCCUCCUCUGGACGGCGAGGACUCGCUCCCUGACCUGGACCUCCUCCCACCGCCGCCGCCACCGCCCCCUCCAAUGUACCUGCCUCCUCCUGACCAGGAGCCCCCGGCCUCCGUGGGGGCCCUCGUGUCAGACUUAGAGCAGCUGCACUUGCCCCCACCCCCGCCCCCACCACAGGCGCUGGUGGAAGGGCCUCCACUGCAGCCUCAGCCCAGUCCUCUCCGGCCCAUGGAGGAGCUGCCACCUCCCCCAGAAGAGCCUGUCAGCUUACCUGAGCGGGAGGCCUCCACAGACAUCUGUGCCUUCUGCCACAAGACUGUGUCCCCCCGGGAGCUGGCCGUGGAGGCCAUGAAGAGGCAGUACCACGCCCAGUGCUUCACAUGCCGCGUCUGCCGCCGCCAGCUGGCUGGGCAGAGCUUCUACCAGAAGGAUGGGCGGCCCCUCUGUGAGCCCUGCUACCAGGACACCCUGGAGAAGUGUGGCAAGUGUGGCGAGGGGGUCCGGGAGCACAUCAUCAGGGCGCUGGGCCAGGCCUUCCACCCCACCUGCUUCACCUGUGUCACCUGUGCCCGGUGCAUCGGGGACGAGAGCUUUGCGCUGGACAGCCAGAAUGAGGUGUACUGCCUGGACGACUUCUACAGGAAAUUCGCCCCUGUGUGCAGCAUCUGUGAGAAUCCCAUCAUCCCCCGAGACGGGAAGGAUGCCUUCAAAAUCGAGUGCAUGGGAAGAAACUUCCAUGAAAAUUGCUACAGGUGUGAGGACUGCAGGAUCCUCCUGUCUGUGGAGCCCACGGACCAAGGCUGCUACCCUCUGAACAACCGUCUCUUCUGCAAGCCGUGCCACGUGAAGCGGAGCGCGGCGAGCUGCUGCUGAGGGCACCCGUGGGCUGGGGCCAAGGUCGCACACUAGCCCCGCUCGGGGCCCCUCCCUAACUUGUUUCCCUUCCUCUCCUGCUCUUGCACACUUUCCUUCCUAGCCGCACCGGGACCAGCCUGAGGCUCGGCCCAUCAUGUCCUGGAUUCGGGGCUGAGCCUCCUCCCAGCUCAGAGCUGGAUGGUUGGCAGAAAGCAGCCUUCAUGCUCUCCUCUGGGCACUGGAAAGCCCUGUACCUUGAACAUCAUUCCCCAGGGGUCCCAUCUCUGUGGCUCUGGCUCCUCUGGCUCGCUGACCUUGACCCCCAUUUCCAGGGGUGAGUUGGGGUGAGUCUCCAGAUGGUGCCUGGGUCUCUAGCAGUGGGGUGCUGAGACCAGCUUUUGCAGGAUUGAGCUGUUUGAGUGAAACUCCCAAGUCCCUUAAAAAGCACUGUUUUUAAAUUUGAAGUUUAAAUGAUGAGAAACAUUCUUUGGAUUUGGGGGGAGGAAUUUUUUUUUUUUUUGCCUUUUAUGGCUGCACCCGCGGCAUAUGGAGGAUCCCAGGCUAGGGGCCCAAUCAGAGCUGUAGCAACCAGCCCCCCGGCUCCAGCCACAGCAAUGCAGGAUCCAAGCCACAUCUGUGACCUACACCAUAGCCCACAGCAAUGCCAGAUCUUUAACCCACUGAACAAGGCCAGGGAUUGAACCCAUAUUCUCAUGGAUGCUAGUCAGGUUCAUUAAUUGCUGAGCCACAGUGGAAACUCUGGGAAAAUCUUAGUAGAAAAUGUCUUCCUUUGUUCAUAAAUCUACAAGAUUGACCAACUAGUGGCAUGGCCAUGGACUUCCCACGCUGGGGACAUGUCACACUGACAGGGGGCCCAGGCCAAAGUGUGAACCUGAACAGCAGGGGAGGAGCAGAGGGUGACAUGCUGACAUCCAUGACCUCAGCAAUCCCUCCCCCCUGCCUUCUGGCGCCACCUUCUGUGAUUCAACAGACAUUGAUUGAGUGCGGAGCAGAGCCCAGGAGCUCUAACUGUGCCUCCUGCAACCUUGACUGGGGGCCCAUGCACACACACUCACACCCACACACUCUCACACUCUCCCCCAGGACAGUGAUAGCGGUCUCCUCCAACCCCUACUCCAGCCUCCCAGCCCAGACUCCCCUGUGACCACUGCCUCCUCAAGGCCACACCUAGAAGAUUCUCCCUUUCAAGGAAAAUCUCUUUUGUUGCUUUGUAACCUCUGAGACAUUUUGUGGGGCCUGAACAAAUUAAAUCCCUGGGGCCAUCUGGAUGAACCACGUGCUCCUAGGAGGAUGCCCUGGCCUCCAGGUAAAGGGCCCCUUAAGGGCUUCAGAGCAGAGCAGGGCUUCUUGCCUGAAGCUUAGAGCAGCGAGUCCAAAACUCCAGGCCUUCACAGACCUCCACCCUCUAUUGUACAAGGACCUUUUAGUCUCUUACUUCCUUAAUAUGUUUAAACUCAAAAUACUGUUUUUUUAAUCACCAGUUUAGUUGUAUGCUAAGCAGUAUAUCCAUGCAGUCACAUGUUACUGUGCUAGUUAUAGAUGAAAAUAAAUGCAUAGCAUUCAUUUGUCUGUGUUCUAACCAGGUAAAAACACCAGUCUUUGAUAGAAGCGCCAGAAAAAAUGUCUGGGCAUCUGCUCAGUGCUGCAGGAGUGCAUAGCAUGGGCCUGUCCCUCCUCCCCACCAGCAGUGAGGUGGCUGCUGGGUGAUCACGUGGUGCCAUUGCUGUGGGAGGUUGUCUAAGGCCACCAACUCCCUUCAGCAGAGUUGACGCCAGCCUCAGGAUGCGCUCUCUAUGCGGGACCCUGGGACCACUCCCUGUGGGCUGCCCACUGCAGCUCAGGCACUGCCAGCUGGAUUUGGUGAGCGCUUGACCUGGGGGCCAGCGACUCUGGUCUCAGACCUGGCUCUGCUGCUCAGCAGUGUAGACCGGUUAUUAGCCCUCGGAGCUUCGCUUUUCUCACCUCUGAAAUGUGAACAAUACUAACAUCUACCAGACAGGGCUGCUGGGAUGGGAAGAAGUGCUGGGCUGGGGAGCUUUCUGACCAGCCCAUAGGUCCCUAAUCUGUCUGGCGCUGCCUGAUAGUCCCUUUUUCUUCUUUCUUUUUUGGCCGCCCCAGGUCACAGAGUUCCUGGGCCAAGGAUCAGAUCCAAGCCAUAGUUGUGAGCUGUGGAUCCCUUUUUUUUUUUGUCCUAGGGCUGCAUAGGCAUCAUAUGGAGGUUCCCAGGCUAGGGUCAAGUCAGAGCUACAGCUGCCAGGCUACACCACAGCUCAUGGCAAUGCUGGAUCCUUAACCCACUUAGGCUGGAGGUCGAACCCACAUCCUCAUGAAUACUAGUCGGGUUUGUUAACCACUGAAUCACAAUGGGAACUCUCAAUGUAUGGAUCCUUUGCCCCCACUGGGGCCAGGAAACGAGCCUGCAUCCCAGCACUCCAGGAAUGCUGCCAAUUGAUGGGUCAGGGAUUGAAUCCGAGCUGCAGCUGCAACAAUGCUGGAUCCUUUAACCCACUGCGCCUCAGGAGAUUGAACUGGUGCCUCUCCUACGACCUGAGCCACUUCAGUGGGACAUUUAACCUACUGCGCCGCAGUGGGAACUCCUGGCUGGCAGCUCUUAGCUGGCACUGCUAUCCACAUUCCUCCAGGCUCCUGUUGAAGCCCAUCAGUUAGAGACCACUGGAGACAUGCCUGCAGUUCCCAGAGCUGGGUCCAUCAUGCAGGCUGCAGCACGGGAGCCACACUGCAUGGGGAACAGCAGGGCAUCACAGGAAGCAGAUAUUAGGUGGCUCUUAGAACUUGGGCAGAUAUUGAGGGAUUUGGGGAGGAUUUCAGGAAGAAGGGGUUUGGUGUUCCGCUUGUGGCUCAGCAGGUUAAGAAUCCGACUAGUGGGAGUUCCUGUUGUGGUGCAUCAGAAACAAAUCUGAGUAGUAUCCAUGAGGAUGCGGGUUCGAUCCCUGGCCUCGCUCAGUGGGCUAAGGAUCCAGCGUUGCCCUGAGUUGCUAUGUAGGUAGCAGACGCAGUUUGGUUGGGUCUGGUGUGGCUGUGGGCUGUGGUGUAGGCUGGCAGCUGCAGCUCCAAUUGGACCCCUAGCCUGGGAACUUCCAUAUGCCACAGAUGUGGCCGUAAAAAGCCAAAAAACAAAGGAAAAGGGUUUGCUUCAGAUAUGUGCGGUCAGGAAGCAGGGGUUGCCCUGUGAAUGCGGAGCUUGAUUCACUUCCAUCCAGGAUGUGGCGCUGCAGUUGUGGUUGGUGGCAAAGCAGCCGUGGCCCCAGGACAGGGGGUGUUGGGCAUCUCUGCUGCUGGCCCAGAGGCACUGUGUUCCAGGACCGGACUCCAGGGAGCUGUGAGGUUGGAGCUUCCAAGGCCCAGCUGUUGGGGCCACUUUCUCUCUUGCUGGCCAAGUUUGGUUUGGUUUGAUUUAUCCUGUCAUUAAAGAGCAAUCUAGUGCUG